CGUAUGCGUAUGCGUAGAAUCGAUUCUGUUACCCCACCUGCCAAAAGGUAUUGUACCUACACCUUAACCUAAAGGUCUUAGGCUAGGGAGGUCACUUUAUGUCUACCUACCUAGGUAGCUUCCGGAUCCCUGAUUUUUCUUCGUUACCCCACCAUACCUACCCCCCUAUCUCGACGAGCUACACGAGGGCACAGCUACACGGCAAGAGCCUGUCCUUUCCUUAGGUACCUCCCUUUUAUUAUUUAUUAUAAAUAUAAGGUAACUAGGAUCCAAUAAGGGCCAUGUCAGAAAACAACGACAGCAUCGACGCGCGCAUCCCAGCCUCGUGCCCGGCGCCUGUUUCUCAGAUCCUAUACCACGCCUGGCACCACGAUAUCGCGGGGAUCAAGCCCCUGUUAAACGUGCCAGGUCGCGCGAGCGUCCAGGAACCCAAGACAGGCGAAACUCCUCUACAUGCUGCGAUCCGUGCCUGUGCGCCUGCGAACCAGGGCGCACUUAGCGACGACGCAGACAACGUCGAGGAGCAUGCUAAGACUGUCGUGCACGAGCUGUUCAUGAGCGGUGCCAUCUGGAAUGACGUGGACAACAACGGCGAGACGCCGGGGUGCGUGGCCGCGCGCCUCGGACUCAAGGACUUGUAUACCCUAUGCGUCGAGGCCGGUGUGCGAGCGGAGCUGCUGUUCGGUUUGCUUGAUGGCUAUGAAGAGCUUGAGUCUGACGAUGGAGAUGAGGAGGAGGAGGAGGAGGAAGAAGAAGAAGAAAAGGUAGAAGAUGAUGCCCAAGAGGAAGGAAAGAAAGACGUAGAAAAUAUAAACGGCGACGGUGUGGAAGAAGAUAUAGAAGUUAUAGUAGACUCGGAUCGUGCCUUCGUCCCACCAAAAGGUACCGUUGGACCUAAUGUCAACAGCGCAGACUACCUACGCUCCAACCUGACGUAUAGCGACGGAAAGCUAGUCGACUCGGCCCAAAACGGCGUGAUGAUGGCCUGGGAAACAUCCAUCAUGCGAGCCUCCGUCGACGCACUCCUACCCGACCUCCCUGCCGGCCGGAAGAUCCUCAACAUCGGGUUCGGCAUGGGCAUCGUCGACGGCAUGUUCGCUGAGACGCGCCCGGCAAAGCACCACAUCGUCGAGGCACACCCAGCCGUCCUCGGACACAUCAGCAGUUCGGAAUCUAAAUUUGGCAAGGAAUGGGAAACAAGCGGUCCGGCCGAAGGCGCAUUCAAAGUCCACGGAGGUAAAUGGCAAGAAGUAGUUCCCAAGCUACUAGAACAAGGCGAAACGUACGACGCCAUCUAUUUCGACACGUUUGGCGAGGACUACGGCCAGCUACGCAUGUUUUUCACCGAGUACGUGCCCGGGUUAUUAGAAGAGCAAGGCAGGUUUGGAUUCUUCAACGGCCUAGGCGCCGAUCGAAAGAUAUGCUAUGACGUAUACACGCAAGUAGUCGAAAUGCAUCUCAGCGACGCGGGCAUGGAUGUAGAGUGGCAGGAAUUAGAUGUGGACAUGAAAGAUUUGGGUAAGGAAGGAGAAGGGGAAUGGCAAGGCGUCAAAAGACGUUAUUGGACUUUAGACAAGUAUCGACUACCGACCUGCACCCUAAUGGGCUGAACUCCGUGCCACAUUUUCUAGUCCCGUAGCCAGACACCUAUUAUCUUUUUUUUUGCGUUGUUUGGACCACAUUCUCUAUGUCUAUCAUUAUAAGGGACAUGCCCUCAUCUUUUGCUUCUUUGCAGUUUUACUACGCUACCUCCUCGCACCAUCUCGUCGCUCAUUUAAAAUUUUCGGGGUGCAGAAUACCAGCAAGGUUACCCUUCUGCACUCUCUUCAGCGUAAGAGCGGCAAUAACAGCAGCGCCAACACCACUUCCAUCUUCGGCGGCGAGGAUCUCAACCGGGUCUUCCUCUUUAGAGUUUUUCUUAGCCGGCCAGUCGAGAAUCUCUCGGAGAGCUUGUGCGCCUCGUGCCUUGAAAUGCGGGUAUUUGUUGAAUACAGAGCCGUCAGCGCCCACGUGGCAAGGUUGAAGGUUCUUCUUGGUGCAGAUAGCAGCAACACCACAAGCCGACAGGCGAGCCGCACGGGUGCCGAUGAGUUCAGCAGUUCGACGGAUUAGCUCAAGUUCAGGACGAGUGCAGGUUAAGUGGAGCUUCUCAUGGAACAAGUCUGCAGUCUCUUGC